AUGUGGCUCUGUGUUGCAGUGCUUGUUGGCUGCUUCUUUGCCAGCCAAGUGCAAGCGAUCUGUCAGGUACGGUUCGACGAAUCAACGACGGGUAUUGGAGUGCACAACACCACCUUCAGGAAAACAGCGUACUGUGCGUAUCUUGGCGUACGGUAUGGAGAACCACCGGUUGGAAAAUUACGAUUUCGUCGUUCGGUGAUGCAUCAACCUAGUGGACAUCAAAAUUAUACAACUGUUGGCAGUAUGUGUACUCAGUUUCGUGAUACAUCGAAUUUGAGUGUUGUGCUGGGUGUAGAGGACUGUCUGUUUGCCAACAUUUACACUCCAAAUGUUGAUGUAGCUGCGAAGAAACACUCAUCAAAAGGACAUCCCGUGUUAGUGUUUGUGCACGGUGGAAGUUAUCAAAUUGGAGAUGGUGAAAGGGACAUCAACGGUGUAGAUCUGCUUGUGGACCACGGAAUUCUGGUGAUAACAUUCAACUAUCGGCUGAAUAUGCUUGGCUUUCUAAAGUCUGAUGCGUACAACAUCAGUGGAAACUACGGCUUGAAGGAUCAAACCACUCUACUCCAAUGGGUACAGCGCUACAUCAAGCACUUCGGAGGCGAUCCUGAGCAAGUCACACUAAUGGGUCAAAGUGCUGGCGGAGGUUCCGUAACACAUCAUUUGUACAUACCACAAUCUAAAGAUCUCUUUCAGCGGCUGAUUGCAUUGAGUGGAUCGCUGCUAGCACCUUGGUCAUUUAUGUUCGCCUAUCAACUAUGUUCCGAGCAGUAUAUGGGCGACCUCAACCCACACUCAAAAGAACAUCUCCAAGAAAUGGACGUUCAUGAUUUUUUCCGCACUACAAAUGAAACGUAUAGGUAUUGGUUUCCGUUUGCAUCUAUGGGAACGCCCUACUUCAUACCCGUAAAGGAGCAGCAUGAGAUACAUCACGAUAGCUUCACCGUACCUAACCCACAGGAAGCCGUUUUACAUGCACCGGUCACACGCGUUCCGAUGCUACUGAGUGAAACUGGUCGAGAGUUUGAAGAUCUAGUCAAUAUGGUGAAUUUGUUCUUUUUCUAUCCUAAUAUUCCAUUAAAUUGGACAGGUGACACCAGCCAUGCUUUCGUUUCGGCCGUAAACGGCUACGCUUCCGCAUCAGUUGCCGAAGGCCACGCAACCUCUGUAGAGCAAGUGAUACAACAAAUUGCCAGCUAUGGCAACAUGAAGUACCCCAUGAGAAGAUUAGCGAAGGACCUAACCCGAACUAUGGAUUCCUCGACACAUCCCAUCUACUAUUUGCGGUUUGAGUUUGAUGGUCGCUUUGGCAAGUCGAAGAAUGACUUCUAUCGUAAGAUUUUAACAAAUCCCGAGUAUGGAGCGAUGCAUGGAGAUGAGUUGGGGUACAUUUUUACACCCGAUGUAAUUGACAAGGCUCUAGCGGCACCUGACGAGUAUCGGGAAGAGUGGCGUAUACAUAAUAGUACGGUUGAGCUGAUAGCAAACUUCAUCAAGCAUGGCAAUCCAACACCAACCUACAGUGAGCUCGUGAACAUCACCUGGACACCACUAAACGAGAACAACUCCAGCAACACCUACUUGAACAUCGAUCGGACGUUUGAGGUACGCCAGUUUGAGGAUGACAGGUACUGCCAGUACUGGGAUAAACUGUACAACUGUUUGUAUUAUAAUGUUUGCGAUGGGAUUUUUGAAGCAGACUUACACCAAUAAAAAUAUUGGAAAAG